AUGGUGAAACGAAAAUCACAGGCUGUCGUCGAUUCUAGCGACAGUAGCAGUCAAGAAAGUGAUAAUCCAGAUUCAGAUUCGGAAUUUUUAAAGCUUGCCAAAAAGAAAAAACCUCAGGUACGCAGCGACAGGUCGACGAGCAGUUCCAGCGAUAGUUCGGGUUCCGAUAGCGAUCAGCAAGCUCGAAAGAAACCCAUCGCGAAGAAACAAGACAGUAAACAAAAUGACAAGAAAGCGAAAAAUGAUUCCGAAUUGGAAGAAGGUGAAGUGACCGACUCUGAUUCUUCUGAUUUAAGCCAAGAAGAAUUCAACGACGGUUACGGUUCUGAUCUUAUGGGUGACGAAGAAGAUAGAGCUAAAUUAGCCCAGAUGACCGAGAAGGAAAGAGAACAAGAAAUUUUCAAACGGAUCGAAGCCAGAGAAGUGAUGAAAACGCGAUUCAAUAUCGAAAAAAAAUUGAAAAAAGCGAAAAAACGAGAAAUGAAAAAGCAGAAAUCAACAACGCAAGACCGCAACAAAACCGAACAACCGACGUUAGAUUUGAAAGAACGUAUCUUGGAACGUAAGAAAACAGUCGAAGAGAAUAGAGGUAAAUCUGACAAGAAAUUCCACGCGAUGUCAUUGUUGAAAGCUCGCCGUGAAGAGAAAAAAGAACGCGAAGAGAAAGAGAAACAACAGAAAAUAGAACAAGAAAAGCUGAAAGAAGAAAACGCCGCGAAUUCGGGAAAAGAUUCGGCCAACGAAGAUAAUUCCAUUACGUCAAAAAAAUCCAAGACGAAAUUAAAAGCUUCCGACGUUUAUUCGGACGAUAGUGGCAGCUCUUCCGAAGACGAUGCUCCUGUGAAACCGAAACAAAAAACGAGAAACGAAGUUGUUUCAUCGCGCUCAAGUUUCAGUUCCGAUUCAGAUUCCGAAUCACAAAGCAGAAAUAGUAGAAUUCAGUAUAUUACCAGUCGAGACCAAUUAAAUCAAAUACGGUUAUCGAGACAUAAAUUAGAACGAUUCGUUCAUUUACCAUUUUUCAAUAAAGUCGCAGUUGGCUGUUUUGUACGCGUUGGCGUCGGAUCUCGGAACGGUCAGGCUGUUUAUAAAGUGUGGGAGAUCACCGACGUAUGCGAAACGGCCAAGGUUUAUCAAUUAAACAAAACCAGAACCAACAAAGGAUUACGCUUGAGACAUGCCACACAAGAACGAGUUAUUCGUUUAGAAUUCGUUAGCAAUUCAGAAUUCAUCGAACCCGAAUUUAUUAAAUGGCGAGAAGCUUGCGGAUUACACGGUAUAUCAGUUCCUACCGUAGACGGAGUCGAUUCCAAAAUGAAAGAUAUUAAACACGCGAUGUCUUACGAGUUCGAGGAAGCGGAUAUUGAAAAAAUCGUCAGAGAAAAAGAGCGUUUUAAAAGCACCCCGUAUAACUACGCUAUGAAAAAAACGCAGUUAAUGAAAGACAGAGAUUCAGCUCAAGCCGACGGCGACACAGCAAAAGCUAGUAAAUUGCAAGAAGAACUCAAUCAGCUGGAAGAAAGAGCUGUGAAACUCGAUAGGCUUCGAACAUCUACCAUUUCCAGUAUUAGUUAUAUCAACGAUAGAAAUAGGAAGAAAAACGUCGAGGAAGCGGAGAAAGCUAUUAUGGCCGAACUUAGAGCUACUAAAGGUCAAAAAGUUGACGAUCCUUUUACGCGAAGGCAUACCAAACCCAGUAUGGUGACCAAGAAAAAAGAUCCUGCUAAAGAACAGCCAGCCCCGGUGACUAAUUCUGAAAAACCCGUUGAUCAAAAAACUGAUAAUAAAGUUGCCGAAUCAGCACCUCCUGUUAAAAAAGUCAAUCCGCAGAAACAAGGAGAAGAUAUGUAUUCAGCUCACGAUUUCGAUAUUACGAUAGAUUUCGAUGUUCCUCCUCCGGUAAAUACAGUACAGCCUACUGUAGUUGAACAACCAGUACGAGAAGGACCACCUAGAAGAUCGUUGAAUCUCGAAGAUUACAAAAGAAGGAAAGGUUUCAUAUAAUUUUAUUUUUGCUUCUUUUUUUUGAAUUUUUUAUAUUAUGAUUUGUAGUCUGUACAUUAAUGUAAUUAUUAUUAAUUCAUUCUGAAUUUAUUUUGUAAACCUGUUUAAAUGUAUUAAAAAUUUAAUUAUAGCUGAAUCGUGAUCGUUAUUUAUGUGUAUGAAUUUGAAUUGGUAAUGUAAUUCACUCGCUGUCUCUUCCUUAUUUAUUUUCGUAAUUGAUAUUAUUAAACUGUGUAUGUAUUUUUAAUCGAUCAUUUGAAUUACCUACUCGAUGAGUACCGAUAAUUUACAGUAAAUUAUUUUUGUCGAGCGAA